CAAAUAAAUGCUCGAAUCAAACCCCCCUUCAAUUUCCAGCCACUCAUCCUUCCAAUCCUAUCUGCAUUUCCAUUCUCUCUCUGCAACCAAAAUAAAAAAACUUCUGCAACUAAAAAAAAAAAAAUAUCAGUCGGAGAUGGCGGCUUAUGCAGCUGUGGUUUCUCUUAUGCAAACCAUCCAUCUGAUUGAGCAUCAUCCAUUCCCUCCAAUUUCUAUGGACAAACAACAAGUUGAAUCUCUUGCUGAAAUUGUUAUGUUCUUGCAGAAAUUUCUUGAAGGUUACAAGUCCCCUGUUGCAGACGGCGAUGAAGCCGAUCAGUUGGAGACGCGCAUCGCAGAUGCAGCUCAUGCCGCUGAAGAUGCUAUCGAAUCUCAUAUCUCCGAUCAAAUUCUUCCUGCUGUCUCUAAAAAUGAAAGGAAUCGGAUUCGGUUGAUCAAUUUCUUUCGAGGUCUAAAGAAGCCCCAAAUUGAUGGUCCAAAAAUCAUUUCUGCAGACUUGUACGAGAGUCUGCAGAAGGUGAUUGAAGAUAUGGAUUUGAUCAAGAAAGAAGUGACGGAGGUUGCAGACAAGGCGGCAGUCCACUCUCAGCUGCAGAGACAAAUCUCAACGUCGACAUCUUCUCUCUCUAGAACGAACAGCACCAUGAUGGGAUUUGAUGAUCUCAUGCAUCAACUCAUGGAUAAGCUCACUAAUGGAGAACCCCAUCGCAGAGUCAUUCCGAUUGUAGGGAUGGGAGGAAUUGGUAAGACUACUCUUGCCAGAAAUGUUUAUGCACGAUUUACUAAUGUGCAUUUUGAUAUUUGUUCUUGGGUAGCAAUUUCUCAACAAUACAACACAAAAAAACUUCUUUGUGAUAUUCUAUCUCAAGCCAAUAAAUAUUGGGAUACUGUAGAAGGGCGUGAACGGCUGAGUAGAAUGAGAGAAGAUGAAGUAGGACUAGCACUCCACAAAUAUUUAUUUAGUAGAAGGUUUUUAAUUGUUUUGGAUGAUAUGUGGAGUAUUGAAGUGUGGGAGAGGAUGAAGCACUAUUUUCCUGACAAUGGUAAUAGUAGUCGGAUAAUGGUGACAACUAGACUGUCAGAUUUGGGAUCGCGAUUGGAUAACAAUAAUGUCAUUGAUAUGAGAUUUUUGGAUGUGGAAAGUAGCUGGAGGUUGUUUUGCAAAGUUGUGUUUGGAGGGGGAAGUUGCCCAGUAGAAUUGGAGAAAAUUGGGAGGAAUAUUGUAGAGACUUGUAGAGGACUUCCAUUAUCGAUUGUUGUGAUGGGAGGUCUUUUGGAAAGACUUGAACGAACAAAAGAAUGCUGGAAAUCUAUCAAGAGAAGCUUAAAUUCAGGAGUGAGAUUAGAGAACUAUGAUCACUGCUUGAAAAUACUGAAACUGAGCUACAACCAUAUGCCGAUUCAUCUGAAGCCAUGCUUUCUGUAUAUGGGAGUGUUUGAGGAAGACAGUGUAAUCCGAGUCUCUACGGUGGUGAAGCUAUGGGUUUCUGAAGGAUUUCUGAAUCCGAUAAGCGGCACGAGUUUGGAAACAGUUGCAAGAGAGUGCUUAAAGGAACUAGUUGAUAGAAAUCUAAUUCUAAUUCAUGAGUUGGGGUCAACUGGGAGCAUGAAGUACUGCAAAAUACAUGAUUCGUUGAGAGACCUAUGCUUGAGAGAAGCUGAAAAUGAGAGGUUUUAUCAUGUGGUUGGAAGACAUAGCCCCCGAGCCACAUGUAGCCAACGCCGCAUAGUUAUUCCAAGAGGCACUUCAACGAUGAAAAUCCGCAAUGCCAUGAAAUCCACACCACAUGCCCAUUCCUAUAUAAGUGAUCAUGAAAGAGUUCGAGGGUUGUCCAAUUUAAGAUUGUUGAGAACAUUGAAAGCAUGCGAAAAAGUUGAAUUUGGAUUUGAAGGACACGUGCAUUCCGUAGGAAAAAUGUUUGAGUUAGUUAAUUUGCGGCUUCUUCUUGUUAAAUCUGAUCCAUUCCCCAAACUUCCUUCUUCAAUCAGCCUCUUGUGGAGUCUACAGACUUUAAUUCUUCCUUGCUACGAAUCAGACCUAAAUGCACCGAUUGAAAUUUGGAAGAUGCCUCAACUUAGGCAUGUUUAUUUCGGGUAUCGGGCGAUGAGAGCGUUGCGUCUCCCGGAUCCUCCCAGCGACAGCGUUGUGGUCAUGGAGAAUCUACAGACGCUCAAAUGGGUGAAGAAUUUCAAGUGUGAUGAGGAGAUGGUUGGUAGAAUUCCCAACAUCAGGAAAUUGGGACUCGUUUAUGAUCAUAAGGGGAUUGAGCCUCGCGGUGUCUGCAACAUUGAAUGUCUGCAAAAGCUAGAAUCUUUUAGCUGCUAUUGUCUUGCCAGGGAUGAUAUAUUGCAGAAGCUUACCUUUCCACACUCUCUUAGGAGUCUGAGUCUGACUCUAUGUGAUGAUAGCGUGGAUGAUGUAUUGGAAAAGGUAAGUAUAUUACCCCUUCUUCAGAAGCUCAAAUUGAUACGUGGAAGGUUCAGAACGGGCGAAUGGGCAACAGUAGAAGGCCAGUUCCCCAGUCUCAAAUCGUUGUCACUGUCAUCGUGGUGGAAUUUGGAAUACUGGAUGAUGGAGAGCUCCCACUUCCCAUGCCUCGAGCACCUUCAUCUCAAAUGAUUUUUUUUAUGUUUAUUAGUUGAGGUUUUAGUAAUAGUCCACUUCACGAAUAUAAUUCGAAUUUCAAUGCAUGUAAACGAUAUUUUUCAGAUGGAGUGAGAAGGGUCAUAAAAAAUAAAUAACAAUGUAUACCUAUUAU